AUGGGGGCACCCACCGCCCUGCCCCUGCUACUGCUGCUCGCCUGCUGCUGUGCGCCCGGCGGGGCCAACCUCUCCCAGGACGAAAGUCAGCCUUGGACAAGUGAUAUGACAGUAGUGGCUGGUGAUACAGUACAACUCAAAUGCGAAGUGAAAGACCCUGAUUCCUCAUCCCUACAGUGGUCGAACCCUGCUCAGCAAACUCUCUACUUUGGGGAGAAGAGAGCACUUCGAGACAAUAGGAUCCAGUUGGUGCGCUCCACCCCCAACGAACUGACCAUCAGUAUCAGCAAGGUGGCCCUGGCAGAUGAGGGCGAGUAUACCUGCUCCAUCUUCACCAUGCCUGUGCGCACUGCCAAGUCUCUCGUCACUGUGCUUGGAAUCCCACAGAAGCCCCAAAUCACUGGCUAUGUGUCUGCAAUCCCGGAGAAGGGGAAAGCCCGCCUUACCUGUCUGUCGAAAGGGAGCAAGCCUGCUGCAGAGAUCAGCUGGAGAAAGGGUGAUCAGGAGCUCAAAGGGAAACCAAACAUGGUUCAGGAGGAUGACAAUAAAACAUUCACAGUGAGCAGUUCGGUAGAAUUCCAGGUUUUCCGGGAAGAUGAUGGAGUUGAUGUCACAUGCUCUGUAAAGCAUAAGUCUCUGCAAGACACGGACAGGUCCACCUCUCAGCGGAUCGAGGUCCUCUACACACCAACAGCAAUGAUUAGGCCAUAUCCCCAACAUCCCCGGGAAGGCGAGAAGUUGAUGCUACAGUGUGAAGGUCACGGCAAUCCCAUCCCCCAGCAGUACGAGUGGGUGAAGACGGGCAUCGAGCCUCCACUACUGAUGACCCAUGAAAGUGCCCUCAUCUUUCCAUUUCUCAACAAGAGUGACAGCGGCAUCUACCAAUGUACAGCCUCAAACAACAUGGGCAGCCACAUAGCCUACUACACCCUUGAUGUCAGCGACCACAGCCCAGUGAUCUCAACUUCCAGCACCUACCAUGCUGUCAUUGGGGGGAUUGUGGCCUUCAUCGUCUUCCUGCUGCUCAUCCUGCUCAUCAUCCUGGGCCACUACCUGAUCCGGCACAAAGGGACGUACCUGACACAUGAGGCCAAAGGCUCAGAUGACGCACCAGACGCGGACACAGCCAUCAUCAAUGCAGAGGGCGGGCAGUCAGGCGGGGAUGACAAGAAGGAGUACUUCAUCUAGGGGUGUCUGCCCGUCCAUCAUGGCCCCCCUGGGGGGGGGCCCACCCCAGGGCCUGCCGGGCCGAGGCACCAACCCGGACUUGUACAGAGCGACCCCAGGGCCGCCCCCUCCCGCUUGCUCCCCAGCCCAGCCCGCCCCCCUGUACAGAAUGUCUGCUUUGGGCCAGGUUUUGUACUCGGUUUGGAAUGGGGAGGGGUGGGGCGGGAGGGGAAGAGAGGGUUGCCCUCGGCCCUUUCUGUGGCUUCUCUGCGUUUGGGUUUAUUUUUUAUUUUUAACAAUCCCAGAAUCAAAUCCGUGUCCAGGCUGGAGGGGGAAGGGGCCCUUUGGGUAGGGGAGAGAAGAAACUGAAGGGUUAAGAGAGGAAAAGCAAAGGAGUAAAGAAUAGAGAGGUAUGAACAAAGGAGAGAUUAGGGUUGGUCCACUUUGGAAGACUGUCCAUCCCUAGAGCAGAGCAAUUUUCUCAGUCUAAUGUGGCAGGAGCCAAAUCUCCAGAAAUGGGGUGGGUCACGCUGUCUUGGGCUCCAGGUAAGGGUGUUGUUUUUUGCUUUCUGUUUUUUUUUUCCUCAGAUAGCUAGGAACCAGUUGGGCAGGAGUGAGUAGCAGAGGGUUCUGGAAACUUUGAGUUCUCAGGAACAUUGCCAUCAUGGCACUGGAGAGGCCAGACUUUCUACUUUAUCUUGGACCAAUCCCCCCACCCUCAUCCCCUGACAGGGAAGGAAAGGGACUGGGAAUCAGGAACAGAUACUAGAGAAAGGUACCAGUCAGUGAGGCAGGGGUACAGUGCUUCAUACUGAGAUGGAAGCUAAGACCUGCAGAAGGGAAGAAGUCUCUAGUGAAAGAGCAGCUGAGGCUGAUUUGCCACUCCCUUCCCGCCCCCCCACUCCCAACUCCUAAGAUUUAUAUAACAUCACAUCGCCUCCUGCGGUCCCCUUUCCCCUUCUUCAGAAGCAGCACAGCCAGGGGAUCGGGGCAUGACAGGGGGAAAAAGGAACAGGGAGGGCCAGGAAAGGACAGCAGGGCAAUACUGUCUCCUUCCUUUCAUGUCAGCAAUGAGAGAGGAAAUGCCCUGGGACCCAAACUUAGCUUGCUUUCCCCUACAAAGGGGACCCAACUCCUCUCCAAGGCACUGAACUGUUGCAUGGCAACCCCCUCCGAGGCAUUACAAAACAACCAGCCCUCCCCUCCUGUGCCAUCCCUUGCCAAAGCCCCUUACCCCCAGCAGACAGAUAUAACAACAGCAUUUGCAAACAAAAAACCUAGAAAGAUCUUAACUGCAUGGAGCUGUUCCCUGCCCAAGACCCCAAGACAAAGAGAGUUCGGGAGGCCCAGGGGUAAAUGGUGACUGUGGGAAGGCAUACAAAAGGGCUUUGGGAGGUUAGGGUACAUACCUCAUCCUGGAAUGAUACCCGUCCUAGUCUUAACCAUGCCACCCCCACCAGUACCCAUCUGCCUCAAACAGAGGAAUCUCAGGGUGGGUCUCUGCUCAGCACCUCCCCCCCUUCCAUCACCCUCACCCCCAGAGGACACACAUACACACAAACACACACACAAACCCUUCCCCACCCCUCUCCUGCCAUUGUCUGUGCCACAGUCCUUGCUAUGCACACCCCAGGCUUCUCCUGGAUACAUACCCUGUAAUACCCUCACUACCCACUCCCUUGCCCCCCUAUCCCCACCCCUAGUCUGCUCAGUGGGUUGAUGGGCCAGGAGGGUUGGGGAUGAGGUCUCCUGUCUUUGCAUCCCCACCCUUUCUCCUUAUCAUCCAUUUUGCCUCCUUGGCCCUGAGCUGGUUGCUAUGGAGACAAGGCCUGCUCACACCCUGCCCCCCAUCCCACCCUGCUCAGUCCCACUGCUUUAGGAAGCUCCUGGCCUACCCCAACUCAGGACCAGGACUCCUUUUGGCACUCUCCUCACUCUUCUCCCAGCCUAUGCCAGCUGCCCCAAGAAGAAUGGUGGGGAGGAGGGGCAUUUGCAACCUGUCAAGGAAACCCACCUCUCUCCCUCCCUGCCAAAGUGUUCUCCCUUCAGUUCAGGUAAUGCUCUUCUGAAUCUUCCCAACUCUGGGCACAGCAGGCAGCCCCACACCCAGACCAGGGGCCUAAUCCCCCUCCAACAGAAAGGGACCCUGGGACCCCAGCCCUGCUGGGCUCUCCAUCCCUGGCAUCCCCUUUCAGGACAAACAACUCUAACUCUUUUGAGCUGAACCACUCUGUCCAUAUACACAGAAGCCAUAUUUGUACGG